AAAUUCUUCUAUGUGGGACAGACAACAGGCAGUCAGAGACAGAGGAGAAGUGUCUCUGUGUGUUUGUGUCUCUAUUAUUUUACUCUUUGUAUGUAGAGAGACAACACUAUGUUGCUUUUUCUGCUGCUGCUGCUGGUCUGCAGCUCCCAGGCAACUCAUUUCUUUGGGACAGUGAUGACCUACUAUCCAAAAACGACAAGCAGCGAUGGAAGUCUCAUGGUGGUUAUUCGCUAUAAGCUGAGCUUCCGCUCGUGCACAGAUGUUGACUCCUGGGACUGUUUUACUGGGAGUUGUGGGAGUCAGAGUGCUUUUGAGCUAAACAUAGUCGAUGAGGAGAAUGGUCGAGAGUGGUGUCAAAGAGAGGGAAUCAUGACACAGCAGGUUCUCACCAAUGCUCCAUUUGAGAUGAGGUUAGAGGGUGGUAACUGGAUCAGUAACAUUGUAAAUGGCAUCAUAGCUUGGAGAGCCCUGACACUGGUUGAACUGAGGAACCGAUCAGACACCGGCCAAGCCAACAGAUCACCCCAGACCACCAUCCUGCCUGCUGUGAGAGUUCCUUCAAACUGUCGGAGAGAUUUCAACCUGUUGGCGUUUGACCCUGAUGGAGACGAGGUUAAAUGCAGAUAUGGAGACGCAUUACUCUCAGAGUGUAACCCCUGCACACCACCGUCUGUUCUCACCCUCUCAUCAUCUUGUACUCUGUCAUUCAGCCCCACCACCAGCAGUAAUUUAGGUCCAUACGCAGUCCAGCUGGUGAUGGAGGACUUUCCCAGAGAGACUAUCACCCUGAUUCAGACCGACGGUUCGCAGACGAUGAAAACUGUCAACACCAGCAUCAGUAAAAUACCUGUCCAGUUUGUUUUACAGGUGGAUCCUGCGGUGCCAUCCUGCACAGAGGGACUCUACCUGCCCAAGUUCCUGCCUCCGACCCCAGCUAACAGAGCUCGGCUGUACACCCCUGUUGGCCAGACCCUGGAAAUCAGAAUCAAGGCAGAAGCGAAAAACUCCACGAUCUCUGAGCUGCUGUUCAGCGGGCCCUACAACGUAAACCAGACUAGAUCAGGCCCAGAAGAGUUCACCUUGAGAUGGAAGCCGUCUGAAAGCGAAGAUGGAGAAAGCUACCCCAUGUGCUUCGUUGUCCAAGCAGUUGACAAUUCAGUCAAGUAUCACUCAGAGCUGCGAUGUGUCAUUGUCACUGUUGGAAAUGAUACAUCAUCAAACACGAAUGCAACUGAACAGACUCCAACCACUCCUCCAAUAACUACAGCAGUAACUACACCAGCCACCGACCUGGCUGUCGUACGUCUGACGGCCAGGAUUUCCACUUUGUUUCCACUGACUGAGAAUGACAUCAGGAAUACCAUCAUGCGACAGAUUAAAGAUGCACUGGUGGAACAAGGACUGCCAUCACAAGUCGAUCUGGUCUUAGUGAAGAUACUGUAGAUGGAAGUUACAGCCAGCGGCGCCCUCUGCUGGUUCAACAUGAUCAUUUAUUGACUCCUGCAGCGUUUUUAAAGAUGGUCAGGAGUCUGCUGAUUUACAGCAGUAAAAUGCAUCCUCUGUUUCAAACUAUUACUAUUACUACUACUGAACUUGGAAA